UUUACUUGUAACAGAGUAGUUUUACAUUGUGACAUUACUUUACUUAAGUAAAAUAUCUGAGUCCUUCUUCCGCCACUUCUAAACCCAACCCAACCUUAACCAUAUGACCAGUGUAUCAGUGUAUACGGUCAUAUCACACUGAUACACUGACAGAAGACUGACCACCAGAAGCAUUCACUCAUCGGUCGGUUAGUGAGGGAAUAGUAAAUGAGCUGUUUCGCUGUAAAGGACGGAGGACUUGUUGGAGGGUAAACCUGUGGUCCUUUAGUUGGUGGAUGGUCUCUAUAUCAUGUGCACUCUAGUCUUGUAAGCUUGUAAGUGGCUUUACUUCAAAGAAAAGGGAGAAAAGAUACGUGGCAAUCAUGAUGUUCAAACUCAAAUAUUUGACAAGCAGAAAAUGUGCCCGUCGGUGCGAGCGCGCGAUUGUGUAAAUGCAGGAGUCACCGAGCCGUUUCCCGUAGCCUGCAGGCAGUGUUCUGCUCUGUGUACCACUCCCAAGAGCCUGGGAGGAGGCCAUGAAGGAAGCCACGGAAGGAGGGGCCUGCCUGCCCAGCCUCAAGCCCACACAGGUGAACUCCUGUUGGGGUGGAAUGCAGAAGGGAGGGGGCCCUUGACACAGAGAGGUGUGGAGCUUUUUUAACUUCUAACAGGGCGGGGGAGAGAUAGAGGUACAGGAAGGGAGUUAACCCUCUCCGUCACAGCCGCUCACCUGGAUAAAGUAGGGAGAGUGUGUGUGUGGGUGUGUGUGUGUGCAGAAGCUAAAGUAGGGAUACAAUCACAGCACACAGUCAUUUUCACUCGGUUGCUCUGGGUCUCACUGUCUCUCAUAUCUCUCUCCCGUACACACUUAAAAACUCUAGCACCUACGCGGAUACACAUACACACACACACACACACACACACACUCUCUCUCUCUCUCUCGACUCAGCUGAGCGUAAGGACAAGUCAGUCAAUAUUUGACCAGAACUCAACUGUACGGGAACAAAAGGCUUAUUUUUGGAACUUUGAACACAUUUUUUGGACACGAGGACUUGGAGAAGAAGUUAUUUUUAUUUCUCUACAGGUGGAUACAAACUUUCCCCAAACUUUUGGGUCAAACAAAGCAAGAAGGAAUUUUUUUCUUUCUUAUUUAUUGUCGGACUUUUGGACUUGGACUGGGCGAGAGCGCGCGCAGUAAGAGGAAGGAGAUGGGGAGAUGGACGUUGCGUCUCUCAGUGGGGCUCGGGCUGCUAGCCGUCCUGUUGACCGGCUGUUAUGCCGAAGAAAACUACUGCUUCGCUGCCAGGGCCGGGACCUGUUCACAAUGCCUGCAGGUGGGGACAGGCUGUGCCUACUGCCCUGAUGAGACCUUUAAUGGCCCUCGCUGCGACCUGUACAAGAAUAUACUUGCCCACGGCUGCAGUCCUGCUGUAAUCACAGAUCGCAGCAGUAUGAAGAUUGAAAAAAAGCAACAAAUCAACACGAACCUUCAGCUGUCCCAAGUGUAUCCACAGCAGAUGAGCAUGAGCUUUCUGCCAGGAGAGGAGAAGACGGUUGACUUCCAAGUGUUUGCUCCGACUGAAGGCCCCCUGGACCUAUAUAUUCUCAUGGACUUCUCCAACUCUAUGGCUGACGAUUUGGAAAACUUGAAGAGGAUGGGCAACGGGCUGGCUACCUUUGUUAAGACGCUGUCAAAAGACUACACCAUCGGGUUUGGAAAGUUUGUCGACAAAGUCAUCGAGCCCCAGACGGACAUGAGACCCGAAAAACUGGCUAAGCCGUGGCCCAACAGCGACCCACCGUUCUCUUUCCAAAACGUCAUCCGGUUGACCAACGACGCGGAGAGCUUCAGCAAUAAGCUCCAGAAUGAGAAAAUAUCUGGCAACCUGGAUGCUCCUGAAGGAGGUUUUGAUGCCAUAUUGCAGGCUACAGUUUGUGGGAAGGAGAUCGGCUGGCGUAACGAAAGCACGCAUCUCCUGGUCUUCUCCACCGAGUCAGCCUUCCACUACGAGUCAGACGGUGCCAACGUGCUGUCGGGCAUCUUGAAGCGCAACGACGAGGGCUGCCACCUCGACGACGAUGACAAAUACACAAAGGAUAUACACCAGGAUUACCCUUCAAUACCCACACUGGUCCGUCUGCUGGGCAAACACAACAUCAUUCCCAUCUUUGCUGUCACCAAUCACUCCUACGAUUAUUACGAGAAACUCAAAGACUACUUCCCCAUUGCUGAAAUCGGUCUGCUGCAAGAAGACUCUAAGAACAUCCUGGAACUCAUGGAGACUGCCUUCAAGAGUAUCCGUUCUAAGAUGAGCAUCCGUGCAGAGAACACACCAGGCGCUAUCAAGGAAACGUUCUUCAAUGUCGAUGGAUUUGAACAAGACGGGGCCUUUACUUUGUUGCCUGGCGAAAUAGGCAACUUCAAGAUGCGGCUCACAGCCCAGCGAAUGAUCGAUGAACAACUUGUCUGCCAGAUGGGUCAGGGCACAAAAGAGGGGAUAAUGGCAGUCAAACCUACAACCUUCAACACUGCCCUCAAAGUUAAGGCCUCGAUUUUGUGUCCAAUCUGCGAAUGUGAGAAGUCUCCCAUCCCUAAUGCAGCCAGGUGCAACCAACAGGGAGACCUUGUGUGUGGGAAGUGUCAGUGCAGUGGUGGCUGGGUGGGUCCCUUCUGUAACUGCUCAAAAACACAGUCUGUGGACAAAAGUCAGUGUAUUGGUCCGCAAAUGAAGGACCCAUGUUCAGGCCGUGGGGAGUGCCAGGAGUGUGGAACCUGCGUGUGCAACAACCCGGAUCAGUUUGAGGGACAAUUCUGUCAGUACGACAAGACCCAGUGUCAAAGACAUGGCGGCUUCCUCUGCAAUGACCGGGGCUCUUGUGUCAUGGGUCGGUGUGCGUGUUCUGAGGGCUGGACGGGCGAUGCCUGCGGGUGUCCCAAGAGCACCCAGACCUGUCUGGACAGCAGGGGUGGCGUCUGCAAUGGGCGAGGUCAAUGUAUCUGUGGCCAAUGUAAGUGUCUUGGCUCUGGUUUGGCAAUGACUACAACCUGUGAGCCAAAUUUCGAGGCCCAGAUGGGUGUGUGCGAGGGGACGAGGUCUUGUGUCCAGUGUCAGGCCUGGAAAACAGGAGAAAAGAAAGAGAAAGAAGAAUGUGACAAGUGCCUAUUCGAAAUUGUCUUGGUGGAUGAACUCAAAAAAGCGGAGAAGGGUUUAGAAGCGUGCAGUUUCCGUGAUGAGGAUGACGACUGUACUUACAACUACACUGUCGCAACCCCGAAAGAUUCCAGUCGUACAGCCCUGGAGGUCCAGGUGCUCAAAAAGAGAGAUUGUCCCCCUGCCAGCCUCCUGUGGUUGCUCCCGCUCCUCUUGUUCCUCUUGUUGCUGCUGGCACUUCUGCUGCUCUGCUGCUGGAAAUACUGUGCCUGCUGCAAAACCUGCUGCCAGAGCUGUCUUGCCCUGCUGCCUUGCUGUAGGACAGGUCGUAUGGUUGGCUUCAAGGAAGAUGAGUAUUUGCUCCGUCAGUCUCUGCUCACCUCAGACCAUCUGGACACACCAAUGGUGAGGACCGGCCCACCCAAAGGAACCGAUGUGGUUCGCUGGAAGGUCACAGAUAACGUACACCGAUCACCCAAUCACCCCCAGGCUCUGAUAAAGCCCAACCCUAAAGAGACCAUCCAGUUCCCGAUCUCUCUCCGACUGAACAGGCUGUUCGCUGAGAACCUGUCUCGUCCCGAAUCCAGAGAUGCCGAACAGCUCCGCAAGGAAGUUGCCGAUAACCUAAAUGAGUUCUACAAGCAGAUCCCCGGCGCCCAGAAGGUUCAAAAAACCUCAUUCAGAAUGCAGAGAAAUGCCGGAAAAAGGCAGGACUACGCCAUCAUGGACACCGUCCUAUCUGCUCCUCGCAGCAGCUACCCUGAUAUCGUCAAGCUCACGGAGAAAAGCGUCCAGUCUGGAAACAUGCAUGAUCUCAAGGUGGUGCCUGGCUACUACACUGUGGCCACAGACCGAGAGGCCGCAGGAGCAAUAGAGUUCCAAGAAGGUGUGGAGUCGGUAGACGUCCACGUGCCGCUCUUCGUCAAGGAUGAAGACGAUGACAAGAAGCAGCUGCAGGUGGAGGCCAAUGACGUGCCACUGGGUAUCGCUGAGAUUGGAAAACGUUUGGUCAACAUCACCAUCAUCAAAGAGCAUGCCACCAGUGUCUUCUCGUUCCUCCAGCCGGCCUACACCUACAGCAGGCUGGACGGAAUUGCCAACAUCCCGAUCAGCAGAGAGAUCAUAGAAGAUGGACGCUCACAGGUCACCUACCGCACACGGGACCUCACAGCCAAGGAUAAGAAGGACUAUGCGGCUAUGGAAGGAGACCUGACCUUUAAUCCUGAUGAGACCCAGAAGAUGGUGCCUGUUCGUCUGCUGGAGCUGAGCGAGAAAGAUGGCCUCCUGGAAGACAAACAGUUUAAGCAGUUUGUCAUGGAUCUCAGCAACCCGCGGCAGGGCGCCAAGCUGGGACGCUACCCGAGAACUACUAUCACCAUCACAGACCAGCCAGAGCCCAGUGUGAUGAUGUUCAAAAAGGGCACCCAGACCUUCAGCACAUCUGAUCCCACCUACACCAUCCCCGUGGUCCGCACUCGCAACCAGGACAGCCCCGCCACAGUGAAGUGGCGCACCAAGAAGGCCAAGCGCUUUGAAUUAUCCGGCCCUCUGAAGUUUAAUCCUGGAGAGACGGAGAAGAACAUAGUGAUCGACCCGAGGGCCCACCCUGGCCCAAUCAAGCCAGAGACCAUCCAACUGGAGCUGUAUGACCCAAGUAGCAACGCCUCUGUCGGAGACAGGAAGACCACCCUUGUCAAUGUCACUGACGGAGUUCCUGCACCAGAGAUUUCCCAAGUGCAGCAGAAGGGCUUCGUAAGCCCAAAAGUCACCUCCCCUGGCGGUCGCCUUUUAGCCCCAGCAAACCUUAAGGCCAAAGCAACUGGACCCAGAAACAUCCGCCUCAACUGGGACCCGGCGUCUGGUAACCCCAUGGGGUACAAGGUAAAGUAUUGGAUCUAUGGCGACCCAGAGAAAGAUGCCCAGGUCUUAGAUGUGAAGACUACUCAAGCUGAGUUGACCAACCUGUACCCCUUUUGUGACUACGAGACAAGAGUGUGCGGCUACAACGCAAUGGGAGAUGGCAACGACACAGAAAUGGUUCCCUGUCAAACACUUGAGGAUGUGCCUGGUGAACCUGGACGUCUGGCCUUUAAUGUCAUCAGUCCGACUGUCACUCAGGUGAGCUGGGCAGAGCCUGCAGAGACCAACGGCAAAAUUACGGCUUACGAGGUCAUCUACACUCCCAUCGACGACGAAAAGAAGGCGGUGGGCCCUGCUAAGAAAGUAAAGAUCGACAACCCCAAGAAGCGAAUGCUGUUGAUUGAAAACCUCCAGAACGCUCAGACCUACCAGUACAAGGUCCGUGCCAUGAACAGCAUAGGCUGGGGCCCCUUCAAAGAUGCCACCAUCAACCUGGCGUCACAGCCUGCUAGACCUCUGUCCAUUCCCAUCAUUCCAGAUAUCCCUAUUGUGGAUGCAGAGGCAGGAGACGAGUAUGACAGCUACCUGAUGUACAGCGAUGAGGUGCUGAGGUCCCCUACAGGCUCCAAGACACCCAGCGUCUCUGGUGAAGAUUACAUGAUGAAUGGGAAAUGGGACCAGAACUUCCUUUUCCCAGGGGGAUCAGCGACACGCAACUUGUCUUCCUCGUCCUCUCCAAUGUCCACCAUGAACUCAAACUACAAAGGGGCAGGCGGCUCCUUUAUCACCGACACAUCCACCACCUACAUGUCAGGAGGCUCUCGCAGAACUGACAUGAUCGGAGGAGUCCACACGUCAGAGGUGGUCAUGAGGAAGCGCUCGGACAGGGGCUACGGAGAUGAAAACAUCCGAGACUCCAUCAUCAUGGGAGACGUGUCAAGCAAGUUCCCAGAUCUAGGUGGGUUCGGCUACGCUGGGAUGCAGAGCAGCUCUCAGAGCCAGUUCAGCUACAACCUGUCUACGGGCCCGAGGGCCAGGACCGAGUCUUCAGAAGUCAAUGACGCCCUCUCUAAUCUGGACAGGGUGCUCCAUGAUGCUCGACUGUCUCCGGGUGUACCUGACACCCCUAGCAGACUGGUGUUUUCUGCUCUCGGUCCCACUGCCCUCAAAGUCAGCUGGCAGGAGCCCCGCUGUGACAAAGACAUCAUGGGCUACUGUGUCCUCUACCAGCUGCUCAGUGGAGGUGAGGGGAAGCGUAUUAAUGUGACGAACCCAGCAGAGAACUCUGUAAUCAUCCAGGACCUGCUGCCCAACCACUCCUACCUAUUUAAGGUGAAGGCUCAGAGCCAGGAGGGCUGGGGUCCAGAGAGAGAGGGGGUCAUCACCAUCGAGUCCGCUGUCGACCCCAAGAGUCCCCUCAGCCCGAUGCCAGGCUCGCCAUUUACUCUAAGCACUCCCAGUGCCCCGGGCCCCCUGGUCUUCACCGCACUGAGCCCCGAUUCCCUGCAGCUCAGCUGGGAGAAACCCCGUAAACCCAACGGAGACAUCCUGGGAUAUGUAGUCACCUGCGAACAGCUGCAUGAUGGAGGAGACGUACGUUCCUUCGAAGUGAGCGGGGACAGUGCUGAGACCAGUCUGACCGUCCCAAACCUGACUGAGAACGUUCCCUACAAGUUUAAAGUUCAGGCUCGAACCACCCAGGGCUUCGGUCCUGAGAGGGAGGGCAUCAUCACCAUCGAGUCUCAGGAUGGAAGUGAUUUGUCUCAGUACAACAGCCAAUCAAUGUCGAGGAGGGAAGUUUUCCAAAUGCCAACAGAAGUCAGUACGCGGACCAACGUCUCCCACACCAUGAUGCAGGACCCUUUCUUCUCAGAUGGGUCGAUGAUGACCACACAGCACACGGAGACCAGCGGCAUGGUGACCCGUCAAGUCACCAAGGAAGUGGUUCAGCGGAGCAUGAUGGGAGGAACCACGGUCACAAAGAAGAUGUUUUAUGAAUCGUAAGGUCUUAUUUAACGACGUGCAAAAUUCAGCAGCCAAAGGUCCACCACGAUGACGAACCGUACCUGAGAUUCUCUUUCAAAAAGAGUCGGCUUCAGAGUACUCAUGCGCGAAUCUGUGUAUGUUUUUAUAUGCGUGCGUAGAUUCUGUAACCCAAAAAACAAUUUCAUGUAAUAAAUAGACGGAGAGGAGGGCGCUCGCUCAUAUCUGUUACAAACCAUGGCCACUUUCCUCCAUUGAUGAGGAUGAUUUUAACAUUUACAUUCAUUUUCACGGUUGCGUCUGAUGUAUUUCAUUUAGGUUUCUUUCCACACUCAACGUGCUUUGCCCGGGGCCACUUUUGCAAAAGCACAAUAGGUCAGGGACCAGUUAAUAAACACUUUUUUUUAUAAACAAGCUCUAUUUGUCUAUUUUGAUGCUUUUUUUAAUCCACUCUGGCACCUUUUUUUUGUUAAAAGUACAACAAAAUAUCCCAUUGUUAAUCAAUGUAUUUGAAUUGGAGAAUGGUCGUCUCUGUAUCGUAAGUAGAGUUUCACUGACUAAACAAAUAAUUUAGUUUUAGACUCCGCCCCUCUGUCACACACCUUUAAAUCGGGGCCAGCACGGGCCAGUAAUCUGGCUGUGGUUCAGUAAUCCAGAGUGACCUUGGCCCCUUGUCUCCCAUCCUCCACCUGUCUGUAAGAGGUGUGUUGACUGUUUCAGGUGAAACCCACCAAAUUUCAACUUCCCCGUCUUCUCGAGGUGUAGGAGAGAUUGUCUUGAAAUCGUUGUGGAUGUUUCAUGAGGUCCAUCAUAUUUUCACCUGAGUGGUGUUAUCCUGAGUGAUCAAGAGAAAACAUAAAAGUGGUGGAUUUGGGACUUUUGUUCAUAGAUUUGUAUUAUAUUAAAGUGUGAUUUAAAAAAAAAAAACAUGUUCCAAGCAUAUUUAAUACUUUUUAAGAUGUUUACUUAAGCAGACUGACGUUAAAUGUAAUGCCAAAUAUAGAGAUAUUCUCUCAAACACAGGUUGGUGCUUGUGUUAGUCAUCUAUAUGCACAUUUCCUUACUGACAAGAACGAUUUUACAAUACACACACGUUAAGAAAUCCAUUAGAUGUAACAUGUUUCUCAUGUUUUUUUUGCAUUUCGUAAGAUAUUUUAUACUUAACAACGUGGUAUACACUGCUUCAAGUUGAUUCUUUUUAUAUGCUUCUUUACUCUGCAAGGCCAUUGUAUUUCGCAUUUUUUGAUGGAUCAACAUUCGAACAAUGAGAUCUUGAUAUUUUAGAAAAAUGGUUACGAAAAGACAGAAAGAUUGUAUUUGCUUCAAUGCAAGUCCUGCCGUAUUUUGGCUCCACAUUUAGUUGAGAAGGCUUUUGCAAAACAUAUUUUGAGAGGAAAUGUUUGUUAGAAAAACCCUGAUGUGGAUAAGUGGAUGAACCUCUCUCCAAAAAUUAAGUAUUCAUGUACUUUUGAUCAACAUGUAUCACUUACCUUUAAGCAUCUGAGCACAUACUUUUUUUUGUAUCACUUUUAUUGCAGAAUAAAGAUUUGAAACAAA